GGGGAAGAGAAAUGGGCACAGAGCUUCCUGCCCAUUGUACCACUGCUUAAACCAGACUUUCCCUCCCUUUAUAAAAGCCCUUUCUUGGAACCCAGUUCUUUAAGACAGAGCAUUGUCAAUAAUAGCCCUCUCCAGCUUCUCAGGCUCAAUUGUUGAAUAAACUCGAUUUCUCAUCUUCUACACACUGGAUGAGUGUUGGUGUCAUACAAGACUCUAUUCAAACUGGUUAAGGAUCCUGGAAGAGUGAAGAUCAGAGAAUUGUCAGUCUGAAAUUUACACCACUACCUGAACAGUUUAUAACCUUAGUCAGCAUAAGCUCCUCAUACAGACGAAGGCAUCACUUUAAAUACUGUUGCUUUUAUUUCCACUGGACCACUGUGACAACUAGAAAAGCUCCUGUGACAAAAUUCAAGGAAAUCUGAUAUAAAUGAGUAACAACUCGACAUGCAUUCAACCAUCCACGAUUUCUACCACAGCUUUACCGAUCACUUAUGUCUUUUUGUGUGUUGUUGGUCUCUUUGGAAACUCACUUGCUCAGUGGGUAUUUUUAACAAAAAUAGGUAAGAAAACAUCAACGCAUGUCUACCUGGCAAAUCUUGUGACUGCAAACUUACUUGUGUGCACUGCCAUGCCUUUCAUGGGUAUCUAUUUCUUGAAGGGUUUCUAUUGGAAAUAUCAAUCUGUACAAUGCAGACUGGUCAAUUUUUUGGGAACCCUAUCCAUGCAUGUGAGUAUGUUUGUCAGCCUCUUAAUUUUAAGCUGGAUUGCCAUAAGCCGUUAUGCUACCUUAAUGAAGAAGGAAUCCAUGCAAGAGGCCACCACCUCAUGCUAUGAGAGAAUGUUCUAUGGUCACUUACUAAAAAGAUUUCGCCAGCCCAACUUUGCCAGAAAAAUGUGCACUUACAUAUGGGGAGUUGUGCUGGUCAUAAUUAUUCCUGUAAUCCUAUACUACUCAGUUGUAGAGGCUACAGAAGAAGGAGAAAGACAGUGCUACAAUCGGCAGAUGGAACUGGGAGCCAGCAUCUCUCAGAUUGCGGGUCUCAUUGGAACCACAUUUAUUGGAUUCUCAUUUUUAGUAGUAGUAACAUCAUACUAUUCUUUUGUCAGCCAUCUGAGAAGAGUAAGGACCUGCACCUCCAUUACAGAGAGAGAUUUGACCUACAGAUCUGUGAAAAGGCAUCUUUUGAUCAUCCAGAUCCUCUUAGUAGUUUGCUUUCUUCCAUAUAGUAUUUUUAAACCCAUUUUUUAUGUUCUGCACCAGAGAGGAGACUGUCAGCAGCUGAAUUAUUUAAUAGAAGCAAAAAAUAUCCUCACUUGCCUUGCGUCAGCCAGAAGUAGUACAGAUCCCAUUAUAUUUCUUUUAUUAGAUAAAACAUUCAAGAAGACACUAUAUAAUCUCUUUACAAAAUCUUAAUUCAUCACAUAUACUACCAUAUGGAUGACUUUUGAAUGGAAACCACAACAAAAUAGAAAAGCAUUCAUGUGACUCUAUUAGUGACAUUAAAUUAAAUGAUGAAAAUGUCACAGCUUGGUUGACAAUGGGCACCAGCAAACCUCUUUGGGUUUUAUAAAUAAAUAUAGGCAUAAAAUUGGACGUACAGUUCUACUUAUACUGAAAGUCAAGAUGACAGAGACUUUCAGAAGCAAGUCAAGUAUACCACAAGAAUUCCACUGUGUAUGAAAUCAAACUUUUUUUUUGUUUUCAGUCAAUUGUGGAUCUUCUGUCCAAUACAGAAUAUUUUAUGACUUGAAGGAUAAAGAAGCAAAAGGCUUAUAGGUGUGCCUGCUUUCUAACCUAAUACAUGGACUCAUCUAUGGUUAAAUUUUAUUCUGUUGCUAACCUAAAAAAAGAAUUAGAAAUGUUAAGUACUGGAAAAAUUCAACCAGUAAGAAACAUCUUCAUUUAAAUCCUAUCAAACUGCAUGAAUAAUGCAUUGUAAAGUAAAUUUGGUAUUAUCUGGCUCAUUUUACUGGGAAAGGCAUACUCAAUGAUUCUAAUAUUUAAUAAAUAGAUUUCACUUACAAAUAUGCUUAAACAUUUGGAUUAUGAGUUGUCAAAAUAAAAAGCAAUAUAAUAUAUAAUUAUAUGUCCAUCUUCAUGCUAUUUUCAUGUAUUUCCAAUAUAAAUAAUGAUGUUAUUAUUAAUGACAGUACCUGCCAUAUAGUUAUGCUCAAUUAAUUUCUGUAAACUAAAUGAAUGAAUGGUAAAGAAGUGUAAUCUCGUUACAUAAAAGACUAGCCUUUGGAUUUAAACUCUCUGGUUCAGUAUGGGCUCAAUCUCUUAUUUAGCUGGACAUGUUAAUUUUUUUAAUCAUGGAACAGAAAAUAUGGCCCGACUCAUAUCAUUACUAUUAAAUCAGAUACUGUUACUAUGGCGAGCAAGCAGCUAGUCAGCACUUGCUGUAUGCUAGGUCCUCUGUGUAUAUGCUUCAUGAGUAGAAUUUUAAUCAUCACAACCAUAAAGCAUGUUAAUGUACUUACUGAUGAAAAAACCCAGAUGCAUAGUUAAGAGGUCAUCUCAAUUCCUCCAGUAUAUAAAUAUAUUUAAGAAGUAAUUAUUUCUUAGUGAUAAUUUCUUUCAUGUAAUCUCGCCAGUAAGAAAAAUAGUGAUUAUAUUCUGUAUUAUAUAUAUUAUGAUUAAAAAGCAAAAAUAAAAACUGUG